AUGGUAGGUUACAGUGUAGCGACGUUAGAGGUCGAAGGAAUGACCUGUGGCGCUUGUGUAGCGGCUGUGGAAGAACAAAUAAGGAAUCUGGCCGGUGUUCACGAAGUUUCCGUUUCACUGGCUACCAAUGAGUGCCAGGUAAUAUACAAGGCCGAAGAUGUGGGAGUUACAGCGUUGGAAGAGGCCAUUGAGGACUGUGGUUUCGGUGCACGCACAUUGAAAGUGGCAGAACCAUCGCUCCAAAAAAGUGCUGCGGAUAUGGUGUUAAAUUUCAUGGUGCAUGGCAUGACGUGUUCCAGCUGCGUUGUGAGUGUCACCAAAAGCGUGCAGCAGGUUCCGGGAGUUCGUGACGUGGCCGUCUCGCUUGCCACAGAAGAGUGUCGUGUGGUCAUCGAUGCCAGCGCGAAUCUGACCCCUGAAACAGCUGUAAACGCGAUUUCAGAGGCCAUCAAGGACUGUGGAUUUGACUGCGAGCUAGCAGCACUAGAAACAGCCGCCAACGAUGAGCUGGCCACCUCCAAGACCACACAACUUAAGAUUUACGGAGUUAUCGAUGCCGACAGCGUCAGUUUAGUGGAAAGUGAUCUGUCCCAGGUCCCAGGGAUAAUUAGUGUCUCCAUAGACGUUGGAAACCAACAGGCCGCCGUACAGUUCGACCCAUCGAGCAUUGGUAUACGUGCCAUCGCUGCGCGUAUUGAAGCGCUUGGGUUCCAAACUGCGGCCUCCAAUGCGUUCGAUAACACGGCCCAGAUCCAUACUUUAGCCAGAGUACGAGAAAUUCGGUUCUGGAAAUAUUCAUGCAUUCAAGCGUGCUGUGGUAUGGUGACUAUGGUGCUAUUGUACAAACUCAUACCCAGGUAUAUUCCAAGUCUGCGGGAGUCGAUAGUGUAUCAGCCGACACCGCUGCCGGGUCUUUUUUACAGAGACAUCGCAGGUCUGGUAUUAGCAAGUUACAUUCAGUUUUGGGUGGGUCGCCACUUCUACAAAGCCGGUUGGCUGUCCAUCCGCAAGGGCUCUGGAUCCAUGGACACCUUUGUGGUGAUCUCGACCAUGUGUGCCUACACUUUCUCGGUUUUUUCCAUGCUAAACAACAUUUGGAAGAAAGCAGACCGUCUGCCAAACGUAGUUUUUGACGCCGCUACCAUGCUAAUAGGCUUUAUCUCCGUGGGUAAACUACUUGAAAACAAGGCAAAAUCCAGGACUAAUGACUCGCUGUUGAAACUAAUAUCUUUGGCUCCGUCCAAUUGCACAAUAAUAGAGAACGGCACAGCAACUACGAUCCCAGUAGAGUUCUUACAGGUUGGGGACAUCGUGGAGGUAAAACCUGGUGCCAAAAUCCCCACAGACGGUAUAAUAAUCGAAGGUGAAAGUGAGAUAGAUGAAUCGCUGAUGACUGGGGAGUCACUGAUGGUGCCACGGUUCGUAGGUUCUCCGGUGGUUGGGGGCUCUAUCAAUGGACCCAAGCUAUUUCUUUUUAAAGCCACCAAUGUUGGAGAAGACACCAAAUUGGCUCAUAUCAUUAGGACCAUGAAACAAGCACAAUUCGCAAAGGCCCCAAUACAACAGUAUGCGGACUAUCUUGCCGCCAAGUUUGUUCCCUGCAUUUUGACUCUCGCUUUGAUAACAUUCACAACUUGGUUAAUUUUAUCGCACUAUCUUGAAAAGCCACCUGCCAUUUUUAACGACCAAAAUGGUAAGUUCUUCGUUUGUCUACAAAUGACAAUAUCAGUCAUCGUUGUCGCAUGCCCUUGUGCACUCGGUCUGGCGGCUCCCACUGCAAUAAUGGUUGGCACAGGUCUGGGAGCACGUCAUGGUGUGCUUAUCAAGGGUGGUGACAUCUUGGAGAACUGCAUUUCCCUGGAUACUAUUCUUUUUGAUAAGACCGGUACUUUAACCACUGGGAACAUGUCUGUGGACCAAUAUGUACCCAUGGGAGAUAGCACCGCUCUCACAGUUGAGCAGGCUGCUUGCGUUAAUGCACUAGCAUCUCUCAGUGAUCACCCGGUAUCCAAGGCUCUAACACAAUAUACCGCUCAAUAUCUGACCGACUCUGAUUCUACAGCAAACGUCGUUAGCAGUGAAGCAGUAAUUGGAGGUGGUCUGGUGGGUGAAUGUGAGUUUUCAAGAUCAAGGUACCGCGUCGUUAUCGGUAAUAAAACCAUUCUGGAAAAAGGAGAGCAUCUUCCUGAACCUCAACGGACGGUUUCUUAUGUUGAAUUUGAUAGGCAGUUGGUAGGGAGAUUCGAGGUUAGUGACACCAUCAAAGCAGAUGCCAGACAAGUGAUUGCGUAUCUGUCAGCUCAGGGCCAUCGCAUAUGUAUGGUGACCGGAGAUAAUCACAAUUCCGCCAUGAAUGCAGCUUUAGAGCUGGGAAUUGAAGCGAACAAUGUCUACAGCGAGCUCACGCCGACACAAAAGAAUGAUUUGGUCGAGGAGUUGAAAGAUGGUAGUCGAAGAAAGGUUGCAUUUGUGGGGGACGGAAUCAACGAUUCUCCUGCGCUGGUGACCAGCGAUUUGGGAAUUUCCAUAUCAACAGGAACAGACAUCGCCAUGGAGGCCGCAGACGUUAUUAUCUUGAGUCGUCCGGAAUCAAGUCGGGCCUCUCUGCGCGAAGUCGUUUAUGCUCUGAAUAUUGCUAAGGCUACUUUGAAUCGUAUUCGCAUGAAUUUUUUCUGGGCAAUCUGUUACAAUAUCUUCAUGGUUCCUAUCGCAAUGGGCGUUUUAGUUCCUUGGGGCAUCACUCUAGACCCUAUUGUCGCUGUUGCAUGCAUGGCGGCCAGCUCGGUCAGUGUAGUUGGAAGUUCACUUUUGUUGAACAGAUGGUCGCCGCCUAUAUUGGACGCAGUGAAAAGCAAGAGAAGUGGAACACAUGUCUUCUCCGCAUUGUUAAACAAGUUCAGAUCGCGGCAGCAUAAACCCUUGACAGAGGAUCUCGAGCUUCAGACCGGGCUUAUGGCAUGA